GUCUCCCUCUCCGCCGCCUACCUUGGCUUCCCGAUCGGCCCCGAGGGCGCCGCGCAGGUCAUGUGUGUUAGCAAGCUCCUGUUCAGACUUCAGCUCUACCCGCCCUCCCAGGAGCUGGUGUCCGCCUACCGCAACGGAGUGCUCCUCCUCACCUCGGGGCCCAGGAACGCCAUCUCCUACAACGUCGCCACGAAACUUACCCGCAUCGGAUUCGCCACUGAAUUCCUGGAGCUCGACGCG